UAUUAAGUUCUGUCAUCGGUGGCAUUCAUAUUGGUUACGUCUGUGUAACAUUUGAGUGUUUAUAAUCAGCGUUUUGUCGAAAGUAUAUCCACCGAGGAGUGUUUUUGCGAGUAACGUUUUGUUUAAACGUGUGGACGAUGUCUCCACUACCACUAGAGGGUUUGCAAGGUCCAGCCGGUUAUUUGCCGUCUGGACAGGAAGGCCCCAGAGGUGGUUCUAUAUCACUGUCGAUGCUCAUAGACUUCAUCAUACAACGAACGUAUCACGACUUAACCGUGUUGGCCGAAUUACUUCCACGAAAAACAGACAUGGAACGCAAAAUUGAAAUCUACAAUUUCUCUGCGCGGACGAGACAGCUUUUCAUCAGACUUUUGGCAUUAGUUAAAUGGGCAAAUUCGGCGUCCAAAGUGGAUAAAUCUGCUCAUAUCAUGAACUUUUUGGACAAACAAUCAAUGUUGUUUGUUGACACCGCCGACAUGUUGGCACGAAUGGCUCGAGAAACUUUAGUUCACGCUCGGCUACCUAAUUUUCACAUUCCGGCUGCUAUUGAAAUAUUAACAACCGGAACUUAUUCGCGAUUACCAGCCUGCAUUCGCGAGAAGAUCGUUCCACCUGAUCCGAUAACACCAAGUGAGAAAAAGCAGACUCUUCUUCGGUUGAAUCAGGUCAUUCAACAUCGUUUAGUAACUGGAAACCUAAUGCCACAAAUGAGAAAGUUCAAGAUUGAUUGCGGUCGAGUCACUUUUCAUGUGGAACACGAAUUCGAGGUGUCUUUAACGGUUAUGGGCGAUGGACCAAAUGUACCGUGGCGUCUGCUUGAAAUAGAAAUUCUUGUAGAAGAUAAAGAAACUGGAGACGGAAAAGCAUUGGUGCACACCCAACAAGUUCUUUACAUUCAUCAAGUCAUUCAGGCUCGAAUUGUAGACAACCAAAAUGCAUUGGCCGAAGUCUACAACUGUCUGCAUCACUUCUGUCAAUCGCUUCAACUGGAAGUCCUGUAUACUCAAACGCUUCGCUUGAUCAACGAUCGACUCGAUGAAAACAUUCACGUCGACGAAUAUAAACCGGGGGCAAAGUUAACCGUUUCGUACUGGAGAGAAUUGACGAGCAAAGAUCCAAAAUCCGAACUUGGAUACAAAUUAACCGUUCAGACCGAUCCAAAUGAUAAGGCUCGACCGUUAGCUGUUCUCCAUUUACCUUCAAUUGGAAACAAGGAAUCUUCGGAGGUAGCUGAUAGAGCCGUACGGUCCGAUUUGUUGUCAAUGGAACGGCUUCUUGUUCACACAGUUUAUAUUCGAUCAUUGUCACGUCUCAAUGACAUCAAAGUAGAAUUUCAAACGUUCUUGAAAGAUGUUGAAUAUCAUCUACAAGGAACACCGGCUAUCUUAACCGUUCCCGUGUUGAAUCCAUGUCUACGAGCCGAACAGAUUCAUAUUACCGUCGACACACAUACGGGAAUGUUACGGUGUCAUGUCCCGAAGCAUUUGGAAUGUCCCAUCACACCGGAACUGCAGACAGCUUUGAAUGGGGAUCUAACGAAAUUGCCACAUCUGGUGUCGGAGCUUAGGUAUUGGGUGACGCAAAGACGUUGCGAAAAAACUCUUCAACAUCUACCUGCAACACCGCAUGAGCGCCUACCGCUUUUGCACACUGUCGACCAUCCAAUGACGAAAAUUGGUCGCCAUAAAAUUUUCGUUAAACUUCAUCGUCAUCCAACUGUUAUUUUGAUUGUGGAAAUAAAGGAACGACCGACCAAUGUUUGCGAAAUGGAUUACACAUUUUAUCUGGCUUUGGUCAAACCUUCAUCGAUCGACGACAAUCCCAACGAUGAUGCAAUCGAGUCCGAUAUUCCGAAAAUGUACUUUAGAGUACAAAAUCUUAUCGAGUUUGAUACGUUCGCUGUUACUCAUGGCCCGGGCACAUAUGUUGAUGAAUGCCCAUUGAACAAACGAAAAUCUUCUGGUUUGGAUACUGGUCCGUCAGCUAAACAGCAGAAAACGAUAUACCCAGCGUAUUUCAUACCCGAACUAGCUCACGUCGUUGCAAUGUGUGACGAAAAACUACCGUUUGUCUGCCUGGCCCAAGAGCUUUGUCGCCAAAAUAUUCCACAUUCUGGUUUGCAAGUUGAGGCUAAUGCGACGUCAUUGGUGUUAAAAUUGUUGUCACUUCCUCAACCCGAUCAAUCGUCAACCGAUUCGAGCAAGAUGAGCUCCAGUCCGGUCAUCGGUAAGGCUGUGUGGAAUGCUUUAAUGAAACGGUUGCUAUCGGUGGCUAUUCGCUCGCAAAUCAACAAAAACAAUCAUUCGAGACUAUGGACCAUCGAGUUGGUGUUUUUCGGCACGCCGCUACAGAGUACCCAUCAUCGUGAGCAAGGAUUGCGCCGGACUGUCUAUUAUCAAUACGAUUUGGUGUCGUCGGAUAUGGUGAACAAGACAAUCAAUUCGCUGCUGAGUGACUGGUCGAAAAUUGUUUACUUGUACAGCAUUGUCCAUGAGUUUGCUGAACAGUACAAAAAUGAAAAAUACAAUCUACAGAAUCUGGUGACGGUCAAGUCGUACAAUUACAAUAAUUUGUUGUUAGGUUAUGGGCCCAAUAAGGAAGUGACUGUGAACAUAUUUUGGUGUACAGAGGCUAUGGAAUUCAAAAUGGUCUUCACCGGUGGUAAUUCGGCUAUAAACGCACAUUCAAUGAUGCGUGAACAGCUUCAAUCUCAUUUGAAUCGACACUACAGUUUGUCACAGAUUGUGCACAUUUUGCACGAAACGUAUCAACCGUUAAGCUCGAUAGCAAAACUGCCAAUCAUACCGCAACUCGGAAUUCCCAGACCUCAAGUACCGGUCAUGUCAUUUUGCAUUAUACCACAAUCGCCAACUCUCCUACGAAUUGCCUACCAAGCAAUGUAUUGCCUAGAAAUUCGACUACGAGGCGGAGGAUUGGUUUCGAUUCGUGAUGGAGCCUACAGUCGCUUUGAUCGCAGCAAUGUUGUUGAUGAAUUCUAUCCCACCCAAGGACUCAAAGGAUUUUUAUCGAAAUACGUUGACGAGUCUGCUGUUUAUCGUCGUCGUUCACAGUCGGAAGAUGAUAAUCCACCAUCACCCAUUGCCAUGGAAGAGACACAAGGUGGUCCAGCUUCUGUCGGUGGUUCAUCGCCAUUCUUAGGCGGUAGUUUACGUGCACCGCAAAGUCCUCGCGAUGGAGGAUUGCGUUUUGCACCGCCAAUUACUCCACCAACGAGCUCAAAUCCACACACACCAGCAAGCCCACACCCAAUAAAUCAAAACCAUCCAAACUUUGGAAUGACAUCACCACCGGCUUCGCAUAUGCCGCAUCCAUCACCAAGUGCUGGGAUAAUGCCGUCGUCUCCGCUAAAUCCUAGUCCAAUGGCACAUUCACCAGGACCAAAUAUGCAGUACAUGCCCCACACGGAAAAUAACAGCCCGUUCGGUGCAUUAUCACCAGCAGCUGCUGCGUCAAAUUGGCCAGGAUCUCCAAGUAUGCCAAGACCAUCACCACGUCCAGGGCAAAGUCCUGAUCAUAAAUCUCAGUCGCAACGUAAUAUUGAAACGUUCAUUGAAAAACGGAGACAUUUUUCAAAUUGUUCUUCAUUCACAGCUAUAACACCGCACGUCUCAAGAGUGUUGCCGGCACGAUCGUGGGCAGGAGCGGUUCCGACUUUAUUGACACACGAAGCACUCGAUUCUCUUUGUCGUCCUACACCAAAUCCACAAGCAGAAAUUCCAGGUCCAGAGCAGUGUCCAUUGGAAAGAUUCUUGGGUUGUGUGUACAUGCGACGCCAAUUACAACGCUUCAUUUCGUCGGAGGAAUACUUACAAGCGAUUCCGGCAACUGAACCGGGCGUCGUACUUUUUAAAGUCGAUUGUCUUCAGUGUCAAGUGUUCUUGGAUCCCACGCACAUGCAAUCUCUACACUUAAAAGUCACCCAAGUUCCACCGAAUGUUCCUGAAGGUAAACCACCAUACCAAUGGAGCAUGGAUGACUUGCAGAUAAUCGAAAAAUUCUUUGAGUCCCGUGUAUCGGCGCCACCCUACAGACCGAACGCAUUGUGUGGAUUUGCCAGAAUGUUAAAUGUUCCGUCGCAAGUGUUGAAAGACUUCAUUCAGAUAAUUCGUGUCGAAUUGAUGCCGGAUAUUUUACAAGGUUUGAAGUGGCACGUUAUGUUCUGUCUGCGAGUUCCACCGUCAGCUGCUCCCAUUGUACCUGUUGGUAAUCCAGCGAUUCACAUUGUCCGCUUGAAAAUCUUAUUUUUCCUACAAAUCACUCGAAUUCCAUAUCUACCGGGAAUGGAUUGGAAAGAUUCAGUGUCGCUGGUGUUACCCAUGGUAUAUGAUGUCAGUUCGAAUAUAACACAAAUUGCUGAACGCCGAGAUCCCGUUCAGUCGAUAGCCACAAGUGCGGCCAGUCACCAGUUACGACGCUUUGCCGAAUAUCCAUCUCAUCAUGGCGAAUGUUCAUUGUUUCCGGCCGUACGUGACCUAAUUGUAAACCUAACUUUGCCGAAUGAACAACAACCGAAUCCCAAUCAAAUAAUACCUUCACCAGCUGGUGCUGUUGGCACUUGUCCGAGUCCAAUGAUGCAUUCACCAAUGCAAGGUGUUCAGGGCGCACCGCAAGGCUACGGUAUGGGAGCCAAUCAGGGUCCGAAUUAGGCGUUAGGAAUCAGAAUAGGAUAUGUCAAUAAUCUUAAGGUUUCAUAAUAAAUCAAAUUUAUUCGAUUAA